AUGGAUAACACACAACAGCAGCCUUACGUCCAGCCUCAGGCGGCGCCGCAACAGCAGCAGCAGCAACAACACCAGCCGCAGCAUCAUAUGACAGCCCCAUCCUCCGCCACCGAAAACACCAUAAUCACAACCCCAGUAUGGCUCAUGGUCAUCCGCGGCUUCCAAUUCUUCCUUGCCAUCAUCAUCCUUGGCCUCUCCGCUGCCAUCAUUCACUGGGUCUACAUGGACGAGCUCGGCCUGUCCCUGGCCAUGUCCCUCUUCACAUGGAUCAUAGUCCUCUACGCCGUCCUCACCGAGAAGAUUCCCGGCCUGCGCAAGGCGUAUCACGUCUACGCCGUCCUCGCCCUCGACCUCUUCCUGUGCAUCCUCUGGCUCAGCACCAUGGGCGCCACCGCCGCCCGCCGCUCGACCUUCACGGUCUCCGUCACGGCCUCGUGCUCCUCGGACGGCUCGACGGUCAACUCCGGCCGCUGCACCAUCCUCAAGCGGUACAUCGUCAUGGGACAGGGCGCCUUGGCCAUGUUCUCCGCCAUUGCCGGGCUGUCCGCGCUGCAGCUGAUCCUCUUCCUGGUGACGUUCAUCUGGACGCUCGUAACGUUCCUGAAAUGGCGCAAGACCAACGCUCCCAUCGCGGCUGCUGGUGCAAGCCAGGGCGAGAUCCAGAUGGAGACAAAGCAGCCUUUGUAUUCUCAGUCGACGUACAGCCAGCAGCAGCAGGUUCCCCAGCAGCAGCAGCAACAGCAGCAACAACACGUCCCUCAGGAGCAGCAGCCGUACUACCCGCCUCAAGCUCCCCAGCAGCAAUACCAGCAACAGCCGCCUCAGCAGUAUCAAGAGAUGCCGGCUGGGCAGCAGUACCAGCAGCCCAACACCCAGGCGUAUGAGCAGCAGAACCAUCUCCAUCAACAGCAGCAACACCCUCAAGCUCCGUAUCACCCGUCUCCUGUCUCGGCGCCGGGUUCGCCGCCUCCUCAGGAAGGGUACAACUACCCUCCCCAGGAGCUUCGUUAA